CUUGAUUCAGUAUCUAGAACCCUGUCAAAAUGGGACAGUUGUCGGCACUGCAACAGACUGGUAGUGACCCCCAUCAUGGACCUGGCCGGCAUUGUAACUCUCCUCCUUGUCAUCUGCUUGACCUGGCUCCUCAUUUCGGCAGCAAUGAGGAGCAUAUCGAGCCAUGGGAAGCUGCCCCCGGGACCCAUGCCGCUACCUGUGAUUGGAAAUUUCCUGCAGCUCAAGUCAUCAGAAACCUUGAAAUCCCUCCUCAGGCUGCGCGACAAAUAUGGCCCAGUGUUCACCGUCUACUUUGGAAAUCGCCCGGUUGUGGUCCUCUGUGGGCAUGAUGCUGUGAAGGAGGCCCUGAUUGACAAGGCAGAAGAAUUUAGCGGAAGGAAAACCAACCCCACACUGCAAAGGACCUUUGAUGGUUAUGGGGUGGUGUUUUCUGAGGGAGAGCGCUGGAAGCAGCUGCGCCGCUUCUCCCUCACCAUCUUGAGGAAUUUUGGCAUGGGGAAAAGAACAAUUGAGGAUCGGAUCCAAGAGGAAGCCCAGUUCCUGCUGGAGGAAUUACAUAAGACCAAAGAGAAGCCUUUCGACCCGACCCUCUCCCUCAGCCGUGCCGUCUCCAACGUUAUCUGCUCCAUUGUCUUUGGCAACCGCUUUGACUACGAAGACAAGGAUUUCCAGUCCCUGAUGCAGAUGAUGAAUGACAGCUUCCGGGAGAUGAGCACCGCCUGGUCUCAGUUCUAUGACAUAUAUGCCAGCAUUCUGAAGUACUUUCCAGGGCCACACACCAAGAUCUAUGACAUUCUGGAAGACAUGAGAGCCUACAUUGCCAAGAGAGUGGAGAAGAACAAGGAGACCCUUGACCUUAAUGCCCCUCGUGACUUCAUUGACUGCUUCCUCAUCCAGAUGGAAAAGGAGAAAGACAACCCGUCCAGCGAAUUCAACACCAAGAACCUAGAACUCACCACACUCAAUUUGUUCUUUGCUGGGACGGAGACCGUCAGCUCCACCCUGAGAUAUGGGUUUCUGUUUCUGAUGAAAUACCCCAAAGUGCAAGAAAAAAUCCACCAGGAGAUUGACCAAGUGAUUGGCCAGAACCGUGCCCCAAACAUUGAAGACCGGAGCCAAAUGCCUUACAUGGAUGCUGUCAUCCACGAAGUACAGAGGGUCAGUGACCUCAUCCCUAUGAACGUGGCCCACUCCGUGAUCCGCGACACUGAAUUCAGAGGCUACAUCAUCCCUAAGGGGACAGAAAUCUACCCUAUGCUCCACACUGUCCUGUACGACCCCACGAAGUUUAAAAACCCAUUUGCUUUCGACCCCGAGAACUUCCUGGAUGAGAACGGGCGCUUCAAGAAGAACGACGCUUUCGUGCCAUUCUCCUCAGGGAAACGGGUGUGUCUCGGCGAAGCGCUGGCCCGAAUGGAGCUCUUCCUUUUUUUCACCACCACCCUGCAGAGAUUCCGCCUGAAGCCCCUUCUGGACCCCAAGGACAUUGACACAGCCCCCCAGGAGUGCGGCUUUGCCACCAUCCCGCCCUUCUACAAGCUCUGCAUUGUCCCACGUUGAGUGGAGACCAAAUCGUGUCUUUCCUCCCCUGCCACUGUGCUUUUGCACAAGCUGGUCUCUCUGGCUGCUCAGGGAGAGGGGAACGGUCUUCUUCCCUUUCCUGGCCCUCAUCCCAAGGGCUUUUGUAAUGGGCGUCGUCAAGAUUUUGCUCUCAAAUUAGGCCUUGUUCCUACCUGUGGCCUGGGGUUCUAUGCCUCUCUGUGUUUAUCAUCCUUCUUUCCCCAUUGAGGCCCUUCUCAUCCUCUCCUCUGCUGAGCCCAAAGAACUCUGGUGCCUCUUGAAUUCCCAUCUGCUUCCAAAGUGUGUUUAAGCUUUGACCUUACGCCUGAAAAGAAAAGAAAAAAUUGCAGCAUUUGCUUCUGGACUUAUUGGUUGUUAUAUGCUGGCAGGUCCCAAGAAUCGACAUGGCGGACCCCCAACCCUGGCUCCUGCCCUGUUGCUGUGGACUUUCAAAUAAAGCAUGAUGGAAUGUGGGCAUAAAGCCAGGUGUCCCUAUUAUGUGGCAUUCACAUGAGAAAAGCAAAGAAAAUAAUUCACAGGCAGGCCUCCUUUGAUGGAAAUGUCUAAGCUCAACUUUGCUCAUACCACUUAUUCGACCUCUUGCUGUUCUUCAGCACCCAACAUGGCUCUCAUAAUAUAGUGGCAUCAUCAACUAGUACAGAAAAGGUUUUUGUUUUCUGUUUGCAAUCAAAAUAUAUUUUAUUAUAUACCGCAUUGGCCCGAAUAUAAGCUGCACUUUCCCUCCAAAUUGUGACCAUGCAUAGUUAAAGUGUGGCUUAUAUUCAUGACUUUACAAUAUCACUGCUGAAACAGCUGCCCACAGGGGUCGUUGGGGGUGCAGGACAACAGCACCUGUCCCAACUGCAGCUCCCAAGCCUCCCCCAAACCGCCGGAAAGAAGGGGGAGGGGGGGUAAGGCCGCCGGCAAAGCGGCGCGGCUCCCUCCCCCCAAGAGCAGCCCAGGAGUGCGGGGAAAUGGUACCUGUGGGAUUUUCUUCUACAUUUGCCAUUUACAGGUGUGAGUGCCUGUGGAAUUUUAAGGGAGUGGCUUAUCUUCGGUAUUCUCUCCUCCCCCCCUUUGAAUUUUAAAGUUGUGGCUUAUUUAGAUACUGUAGAAAAAGUAUGUGUCACCAAGCUUUAUGCAAACAUUUCUCUAGCACUGUUAGAGCACAAAUGAUUGUUCUUUCCUUGCCUGCUGUGCUUUGCAUUCUCUCCUUGGGUGAUGGGGGCUUAGGAGAGGGAGGUGGAAAGUGGAGUUGGCAGCCAUGGAGUUAAGCACAGGAUUCUGAGAGACUGGUGUGGCUCAGAAACUCACCAGAGGGAAUUCUCAUAUCCCUGGUGUCUUCUAGCCCAGACAGAAAACAUCAUCAACAACAACAACAACAAGAACAACAACAACAAUGGCAUGUUGCUCUAGGCUCUGAUAUUCAUUACUUCCCCUGCAGGCUCCAAACUCAAGAUAGCACAACAAAAUGUCAUAAUAAAUCCAUCACCCAGCAAAGCAAUGCAAGAAAAUUACCAGCAAACCCUUUCCCAUCUAGAUGUUCUAAGUGUUCUCUCACCAGUCCCCCAUUCUAACUACAGUAUUCAGGUGUGUGUGUGUGGGGGGGGGGGGAAUAAGAAAUAGUAAAGGAGCUUCUCCUAGCUAGAAGCAUCGAGGGUGCCCUCUCCACUCUGCCACCCAUUCUAACAAUUCAGGGGUUUGGGGAGAACAAGUAGACUAUGGAAAUAACUUCCCCUUCCCCAAACAAUAUAUGCAGGUUGGAGCAAGUUGGAGACCUGGGUGAAACUGGUCCAAAUUUACAGAUAAGGGGCAAUUUUUGCCAUCCAACCUGUUGAAUUCCUGACCCUCCAGGACACAAAUAGCCCUUCUACUGAGACAGGGAAGGCAUAAACUGGUGGGCAUUGCCCAGCUGAAGGCUCUCCUUGGUUUGAGGCAAAAACUUGUGUGUGUGUGACAUGUAGGCUCCUCUGUGCAACUGAGAGCUGGAUUUGGGCUGAGAGGGGCCAAUCGAGCUAAACUGACCUUUGCUGUCACCUGAGGUUUGUCCGUGCUUGUGUGGCGGGGUCAUCAGAGGGUACAUUUGUCUGGAAAACCAAACCAGUCCUUGAAAUACAUUCACCAGCUGAGUGGGGGAGAGGGGGAAUGCUGGUGAGAAUUGUUUCUAUGGCAGCCAGUCUGGUGAGGAGCACUUGGGAGGCAGGGGAG